AUAUAAAUAAACCAAAAUUUCACAACGCUUAGUAAACGUUUUGACUCGGUUGUGAAUGUGUGCUUGUAGUUUUAUCGAGAUCUCUAGUUAAUUUGUGGAUUGUUAAACAUUAUUUUGAGUAGCUGACAAAGAAAGAAAAAAUGAAAACAAAUUCUAGCAGACUUGCAUAUUUUGCGGUUGUGGAAUGUGGUUGCGGUCGGUCGAGCAUAGUAAAUUGGAAAUCCCCUCAGAUUGGAACGAUAGCGCAUGCGCGAAUGACAUCAUAUAGGCGGAGUUUGUUAAAUAUGCUUGGCAGUUUUAGGUUGGGAGCGGUCCUGUUACACGGGUGAAAGCGGCGGCAUUAUCUGGCGUAAAAUUCAUUUAGGUUGAUAAAACAUCCGAUAUAAGUUUUAUUUACAAAUAUCACUAUGGUAAUGCACGGACAGACAGACCUCCUUGAGAUUUUGCUGGGGAACAAGGCCAAUGGUGUUAUUACCCCUGACGGGGAUCUUAGUUUCUUCGCACCUCAUUUAGAGAGAGAUCAGCAAUUAGACACUGAUAUACUUGACAUCAUAGACCCAAACGACGAGGCAACCCUUAUCCCAGACAUGGACAUACUUGGUGACGAUGGCUGUCAAGUUGUAGAGGUUGUUGCCGAGACUGUUGAAAUACCACAGGAAACUCCAAGUACCAGUAGUACAAUCUUAACUACCUUAGAUGUGCCAGACAAGUCAAGUAAUCAGUUUAUAUUCCAAUUUCCGGAACCUGGUACAGACCAAUUUUCCACAAUAGACCUUGGUUUCCUUACGGAAGUGAGCGACAUUAACGACGUGACAUUCACAGAAGACACUUCUGACACGGAGUCCUAUUCUGCAACUCGGGUUUCCUCCACACCUUUUAGUCCUACAUCAUCUUCAAUCUCUACCAUGCCCCCAACACCCGACACUGCCUCAUCACUGGACUCUAACUCCAGCAAUGUACCUUCAUUUGUCAAAGAGGAGCUGAAGUUUGCAAUCAGAAGUAAACGACAAAGGGAAGGGAAAGAAGAUCUGAAAGUUGAAUUUGUUCCACCAGCUCCAGAACAGCUGACAGAGGAAGAAGAAAUAAGAAGAAUAGAAAAACGAGAAAGAAACAAACUAGCUGCUCAGAAAUGUAGAGAAAAGAAACGAAUACUGGGCGAUAAAUUAGAAGCUGAAACAAAGGUUCUAAUGAAACGCCAGAAUCAGUACAAGACGGAAAUUCAGAAACUUUUAGAUGAACGUGAAACACUGUUAGAAAUGAUAAAUGUUCACAAAGCCGUGUGUCCCAAAUUCCGGGCUAAAUCUGCUAACUUUUGAUGGAUUUCCUGAACUCUGAUCAUGGAACAGUCUCCCCGACAUGACACUAACUGCUGGUGAUAUCACUUGACUUGUUUCAGUGUCUUUUCAGGAUAUACUCCGAAAUCCUGUGAAUGUUAGAGUUUCAGACUUAAAGGUCUAGAUCAGUCAAUACUGUAGGCUAUAUUUCUGGUCCUUGAAGUUUGAAGACCCAACUAAGGUCUCACAAAUUAAACUGUGUAGUUUUGCUUAGGCAAAUUGCACAUAAUUGUGCUGAUGACGCUCUGCUUGAUGUAGAGAAACACGAGAGAAAACAUGUUUAUAUAAAAACAUGAAAAGUGCUGCAAGUGCACAGAAAAAAAAUACAUUGAGGUUUGCUGAUAUUAGAGGUUGUAUAUUAAACAAAUGCAUUUUAUCACAUGUAUAAAACAGUAUAAACAUUUUGCUGGUUGCACAACAGUUGUGCCUAUUGCAUUGUAUAGUGUUUUACAAAAUGAUAGAUUUAUCAGGGACAUUCAUUGAAUAUCUCUGUAUGUAAAAUAUAUUGCAUGUUGAAGUAUAAAUUGUUGAAACAGUUAAAGACUGUGUAUGUGUACUGUUUUAUAACAUGAAAGUAAAAAUAUUGCCAAAAAUUCAUUACGAAUUAAAUGUUUUGAGUUAUCUGCUUAUGUAGCAAAUAUGAAGGUUAUACAGAAUGCGUUCAGUGAAAGAGAUAUAGACCAAUCCUGUCGAGGUCAAACCGUGGGUGUUUUGUUUAAAUAGGAUUGUUAUCUUUAUUUAAUGUUAAGCUAUUUUAUGAAUGGAUCGAAUAAAAGCGACAUUCUUUAUGUAUUUUGAUAUGUAUUCGUAUUCAUAUUCAUAUUCACGUAAGAAGAGAUUUUACUUUACUUUCAUUUUUUUAAAAGAAAUUCAUUACAAUAAUUUUCUCAGAGUUACAUUUUUAGGGUCAGUUACAAUUGUUCACAAGUGUCAAAGAUAACCUAGAAGUUUUGACCACUUGUAUAGGUAGAUAUCACUUACUUUCCGGCAUGUAAACGGCUAUGUAUUUUAUAAGCUAUGAAAAUUAUUUUAUUUAUGAGAAGUCUUUCUGAGUCUCAUUUCUAGUCCAUUUUCAAGUUACUGAAUCUGCUUCAGCUACUGGUGCAGGCUUCACCAGAGAAAAUACAGAAGUUAAAUAGUUUGUUUUACAUUCUUCUGGUAUAGUUUUAUAAGUUUACUACAUCUGAUCUUGCUGUACUUUUUUCUGUAAUAAAAUGUUUUAUUUAACCUUGGUAUGUUUAAUUGAGCGUAAAGAUGGCAAAUAUUUUAGACGAAUAUAAAUGGCAAAAUAAACGUGUAUGUAUUUAAAGGGUUGAAAACGUUGUAUACAUUUUCUUUUCAUGACACAGUCGCCAUUUCUCACAAUAAACAUUAUGAAUAUUCAAGACAGCUCAUGGAAGCAUAGGUCGUAUAUGUCUUGAUUGAAGUAUUCAUCGUCAUUUAUAGAUUGUAUGAUAGUUGCCAGUAUCACACAAUUUGGGAGAAAAAAUGAGCUGAAACUGUGUGAAGUGGGUAUGUUGUGAAAGUGGUCAUUUGUAGAAUUUGUUUGCAUAAUUUCCCCGUAUAUACUUUGAAAUAAUGAACCAACAACUUCUUACAUCCUUUGAUGCAUACGAAGAUACAUUUUUUUCAUCUCACCUGUGAAAAGCGAGCUAAAGCGCUUGUAUUUUUGUUGUCCUUCAUGUUGAAGUCUUACUACGACAUAAUUAUGUAUUUAUAGGCAGCACACAUAGGCAUAUUAACAAGACCAUUUGUUGCAUUACAUCACCCGGUAUCAUUAAACGUACAAAUCUGACAGUUUUUCUACUUUUUGAUAUUGUUUGUUUGUUAUUAAGAUAUGACAUUUUGAUAUUGUAUAUUGUUUUGUUAGUGGUUGAAUCUAAUAAAACUUUUAAAAAUAA